AUGGAUACCGAUCCAGGGACCAUGCUUGUCGAGACAGGGUCAGAUUACAAAACAGGGAUGACCGGAAUACGAACGUCAUGUACAGUAUUUAGGCGGAUGUUCCUCCGGCUUACGAAAAAUCGUCAUGAUGGUGAGACAGGAGGGGGCCAAAUCUUGAAUAUUGAAAGAGCCAUAAAUCUGCAAAAAAUGCGUCAAUCUGCCCCUUCCUUCACUACCAUGACUGACAGCGAGAAAGACCAAGAAAAAGUUCGCGAGCCUACCAAAAGUCCCGCCGACGCGCAGCAAUCCGCAACAGAAGGGGACCAACACUCAAAACCUUCUCUACAGACCGUCCUCGACGAUGGACAGGAAAAAGAGCAAUACCCUCACGGUAUCACAUUGGGACUCAUCACCCUCGCCCUGUGUCUGGCUGUGUUCCUUAUGGCUCUGGAUAACACGUAA